CCGUGAAGCAGUUGGGUGGGAGACGCCCCAUCAACAGCGAAAAAGAUGAUAGAAAACGACAAAAUGAUGCCUUUCCACAUUACUUAACGUCUCUUUUUGCUGCUGCUGGGCCGCAGCCGUGGCUGUAUAAAAGGAAAAGGAAGGAUAGGAGGAAAGUAUUGUGAUACAAGCGUCUAGUUGCGGGAAUUGUGAUUCAUUGAUUGAUUUGUGUUAGUUGUGGAAGGAGAAAUCACCAUCUCCAUCGGUGUAUCGAUCUAUAUUCUAUAAUCUUAAUCUAUGCAACAAGGCAAGCCAAUCUCAUGCUUUGGGUAUUGUUCCAUUUCCAUUUCCAUUUCCUUAUGAAUGCCUUGGACAAGUUGCGUUGCUCCUCUUCCUCCUCCAAUCUCAGCCGCUUCAUUGCCGGCCUCUUAAUCUCCCUUCUCUUCCAUUCUUUCCAAUUGAUUUCCAAUUUCCUCACCCCUAUACACCCUUAAUUCUCUUUUUAUAUUAUUAUUAUUUUUUUUUUCGUAUCUGAUUCAUGGACAUGGACAAGGACCCCAACAAUCUUUUCUUGAAAGAUUCGGUUGCUCCUUGUGUGAUUGUGAUUGGAGGUGGGAUUUCCGGUCUUGCUGCUGCACGGAUGCUCUCUGAUGCAUCUUUCAAGGUGAUCCUGCUGGAAUCACGAAAUAGACUUGGCGGCCGCAUCCACACUGACUACUCUUUCGGUUGCCCUGUCGAUAUGGGAGCUUCAUGGCUACAUGGGGUCUGCAAUGAGAAUCCCUUGGCUCCUUUAAUAUGCUCUCUGGGGCUUACAUUGUACCGUACCAGUGGUGACAAUUCUGUGUUGUAUGACCAUGAUUUGGAAAGUUAUACACUUUUUGAUAUGGAUGGCUGUAAAGUUCCACAAGAGAUGGUUGUUGAAGUUGGAGAUGUAUUCAAGAGAAUCCUCAAAGAGACAGAGAAAGUAAGGGAUGAAAACACCGAGGACAUGUCAGUCCUUCAAGCAAUAGCAAUUGUGUUAGAUAGGCACCCUGAAUUAAGACAAGAAGGACUUGCCUAUGAAGUGAUGCAGUGGUACAUAUGUAGAAUGGAAGCUUGGUUUGCUGCAGAUGCUGAUAUGAUAUCCUUGAAGUUAUGGGAUCAGGAACAUGUUCUUUCUGGUGGUCAUGGACUUAUGGUGCAGGGUUAUGACCCUAUAAUAAAAGCUCUUGCUAAAGAUAUUGAUGUACGUUUGAAUCAUAGGGUUAAGAAAAUAUCCACUGGAUGUAAUAAGGUGGCAAUCGAUGUUGAGAAUGGGAUGAGCUUCAUGGCCGAUGCUGUUAUUGUUACUGUACCCCUUGGGAUUCUUAAAGCCAAUUUGAUUCAGUUUGAACCGAAAUUGCCGGAGUGGAAGGUUGCUGCAAUUUCAGAUAUUGGUGUUGGUAGUGAAAACAAGAUUGCCUUACGAUUUGACACAGUUUUUUGGCCAAAUGUUGAACUGUUUGGCGUUGUUGCACCCACCUCUUAUUCUUGUGGUUAUUUUCUUAAUCUUCACAAGGCAACAGGCCACCCUGUCCUUGUCUAUAUGGCUGCUGGAAGAUUUGCUUACGAUCUUGAGAAGUUUUCUGAUGAGUACGCUGCAAAUUUUGUGACGUUGCAAUUGAAGAAAAUGUUUCCUGAGGCAACUGAGCCGGUUCAGUAUCUGGUGUCACGCUGGGGAACAGAUCCAGAUUCCCUUGGCUGUUAUUCGUAUGAUGUGGUUGGCAUGGCAGGAGAUUUGUAUGAGAAGCUUAGAGCACCCUUGGGUAACAUUUUCUUUGGAGGGGAAGCUGUUAGUGUGGAGCAUCAAGGGUCGGUGCAUGGAGCUUACUCUGCUGGAGUCAUGGCAGCUCAAAACUGUCAGAGCCAUCUCUUACAGAGAUUAGGUAACAUGAACAAGCUCCAGCUAAUGUCCUUUAGGGAUGAAUUAUUGUUAGAACCUACAUUAUUUGCUCUCCAGAUUUCAAGGAUGUGAAGAUUAUCAAAUUUUAGAAAGAGGGUCCGACCUUUUUGUGCCUUGUCUAAUUUUCUAAGUAGAUUUCAUCCCAUGCAUCAAACUUAAUAGAUUAUAUGUUUGUCAAAUAGAACAAAUAUGUUUGAAAGACACUUUAAUUAUCUCAAAAUUUUCAAAAAAAAAAA